AUGGACUUGCUUGUGGACCUGGACGAUGUUCCUCCGUACUUCAAGAUGGAGCCGGUACAGACCCAGGUUCACCUUGAGAAGAACCGGCUGGUGCUCACCUGCAUGGCGGAAGGCAGCUGGCCCCUUGAGUUCAAAUGGAUCUACAACGGCAGCGAGCUCACCCGCUUCACCUUGGAGUACAGGUACCUGAUCCCGUCUCUGGACCGGGCGCACGCCGGCCACUACCGCUGCAUCGUGAGGAACCGCGUGGGCGCCAUCAUGCAGUGCAGCACUGAGGUCCAGGUGGCCUACAUGGGGGGCUUCGUGGAGGGGGAGAGGGUCCAGACGGUCUCCCAGGGCGAGGGGGCCCUGAUCCGGGCCCCGCGGAUCCACAGCUUCCCCCGGCCCCAGAUCACCUGGUUCAGGGACGGCCGCAAGAUCCCCUCCAGCAGCCGCAUAGCCAUCGCCCUGGACAACACACUGAUCAUCCUGUCCACGGUGGCUCCGGACGCGGGACGCUACUACGCCCAGGCGGUCAACGACAAGAACGGGGAGAACAAGACCAGCCAGCCCAUCACUCUCACUGUGGAGAAUGUGGGGGGUCCUGCAGACCCCAUCGCCCCCUCCAUCAUCGUGCCCCCGAAGAACACAAGCGUUACCGUGGGGAGGAACGAGGCCAUCAUGGAGUGUGUUGCCAAUGCCAGGCCGCUGGUGAAGAUGAGCAUCACCUGGAGGAAGGACGGGGUGGUGGUCUCCACGGGGAUCCGGGGCUUCGGCCGGCGCCUGGUGGUCAGCCUGCCGUCGGUCAGCGACAGCGGCUACUACGAGUGCGAGGCGUCGCUCCGCAGCAGCAGCGUGUCGGCCGUCUCUGCCGGAGCCUACCUCCACGUCCUGGAACACCCAAUUUUCGUCAAAGAGCCUCCCACACACAUUAGUGCGGAGAUGGAGAAAGUGGUGGACAUCCCCUGUCAAGCAAGAGGGUCCCCCCAGCCCGACAUCGUGUGGUAUAAGGACGCGGCGCCCAUCAGCCCGGUGAAGACCCCCCGGUACCGCGUGCUGGUGGGCGGCAGCCUGCAGAUCAACGGGCUGCUGCCCGACGACACCGGCAUGUUCCAGUGCUUCGCCCGCAACAUGGCGGGCGAGAUCCAGACCAACACCUACCUGGCUGUUACCAGCAUUGCUCCUAACAUCACCACCGGCCCCUCCGACAGCGCGGUCAUCGACGGCAUGUCCGUCAUCCUGCACUGUGAGACGUCCGGCGCGCCCAGGCCUGCCAUCACCUGGCAGAAAG